AUGAGUGACAAAAUAAACAGCGACUUAGAAGAUUUCUCUUCAGAUGAGGAAAACGACCAAAACAACGUCUUAAUUCAGACCAAAAAAAAGGUGUCUAGUAAGGAUGAUAUUUUCAGUAAAAAGGUAGAAGACAUUGAAAGCGAAGACGAAUCAGAAACAGAAAAGGAACAAGGCCAAGGGGAAAAGCAGCAACCAGUGGACCAGAACGUGAACAAGCUGGAGCAAGAAUUGAAAGAACAACCUUCGUCUACCUCCGCGCUGGAUUUAAAAACAGAGAAAUUAAGACAAUUGGUAAAAUCAAAGGCUGCUAAGAAGUCCAAACACAAGACUGGUGUAGUGUACUUCUCCAGUAUUCCACCUUACAUGAAGCCGGCCAAAAUGAGACAAAUAUUGACUCGAUUUGGUGAGGUAGAUAGGCUAUUCCUAAAGAAAGAGGACGAUCAAAGGCACAAACAAAGAGUUAAAGGCGGUGGUAACAAGAAAAACAAAUACGAAGAAGGUUGGGCCGAGUUCAUUAGGAAAAGAGACGCCAAAUUAUGUGCGGAAACGUUGAACGGGAACAUUAUCGGCGGUAAGAAAGGAACUUUCUAUCACGAUGAUAUCCUGAAUGUAAAGUAUCUUCCGGGUUUUAAAUGGGCAGAUCUUACUGAACAAAUUGCUCGUGAGAAUGAUAUUAGACAAGCUAAGUUAGAAAUGGAAAUAUCUCAAGCCAACAAACUGAAUGCGGAUUUCAUAAGAAACGUGGAGCAAAGUAAGAUGAUACAAAAUAUCAAGAAGUCGAGGAAGCGCGCUGGACAAGAAGAAGAGCCUAGCGACUCUUACCCUCGCAGGGAAUUCAAGCAACGUCGUGUCGAAACGAACCGUGCUAAUGCCCCCUCUGACAUCAAGCAGCAAUCGUCGACAUCCCAGAACUUGGGUAAUGUCCUUACUAGCUUACUAUAA